GGAGGUAUUUGGGACACACUAGCUACACACACUCCCCCCCCCCCCCCCCCCCCCUCUAUUUUGCUCAUCAACUUCUUCUUCUUGAUGUCCAGAAGUUCAAAGGCACCUCUGUUUCUUCCCUAGGAAAGCCGUUUCUUAACAACAAGAUAAAGGUGUGGUUUGUAUGGGCUGCAUAUCAUCAAAGCAGUUCAAACGAGCUGCAGAGCAUGAGGAUCCUGCUAUCCUGGCCAAAGAGACCACAUUUUCUGUGAGUGAGGUGGAGGCCCUGUAUGAGCUGUUCAAGAAGAUAAGCCAUUCCAUAUUCAAAGAUGGGCUUAUUCACAAGGAGGAGUUCCAGCUAGCACUCUUCAGGAACAGCAACAAGAAGAACCUUUUCGCCGAUCGGAUAUUUGAUCUCUUUGAUCUUAAGCGCAAUGGUGUUAUUGAUUUCGGGGAGUUUGUUCGAUCCCUCAACAUUUUUCACCCGGAAACGCCUUUGGCAGAGAAGAUUGCCUUUGCAUUUAGAUUGUAUGAUCUGAGAGGAACUGGAUACAUCGAACGUGAAGAGUUGUACGAAAUGGUGCUCGCCAUUCUGAAUGAAUCAGAUCUGCUCCUUUCUGAUGACGCUGUUGAGCAGAUUGUGGAUCAGACGUUCAAGCAAGCAGACUUAAACAGCGACGGGAAGAUCGACCCGGAUGAAUGGAAGGCGUUCGCAAGUAAAAACCCUGCUUUGCUGAAGAACAUGACCCUCCCAUACCUGAAGGACAUAACAAUGGCAUUCCCCAGUUUUGUUCUCAACUCUGGAGUUGAUGAUGAAGAGUUGUAGCAUCCAUGGCUACUCAGCUACUCUCCAUGCUCUUCCUUAUAUUUUUCUCUUAUGAGUAUGGCCAAACCAUGGGAAGAGAGAUAGCUCAGCUUGCUAAAGCAUCAGGACUUCAGAUACAGAGCUUUGGAAUUCAGAGUUUCUCUAGUUGCAGCAACAGAGAGAGCUCCAGCUGUCAGCACUUGGAAGGAUAGGAUUGCAAAUCAGAAUCUAAACAAGCUACAAGGUGGUCAGCUGAGGAGUUGAUUGUAAUUAAGGGGCAUGUUGAUAUGGAGGUUGUAAUUUGUCUCUCUGUUAUGGGCAAGGCUGUAUUUUGUAAACUGACCGUGUAAAGCAGGACAAGAUGUUACUGCUUGUUGAUUAGUGCAGUAGGAGGCAGUGGAAGCAGUGUUUUGAUCUAUAAGAGGAUAAAUCAGUUGAUAACAGAACAUAGCUAGUACCAGAGUA